AUGAAUCAGCAAUGGCAUGCGCCAUCCAGCGAAGCUGGAGGGGGCUCGGUGAGGCGAGCUAGAGAGAGGGUGGAGGGGGGCUUACCACCAGAAAUACCCUCACCUCCACGACAAAAUCCUUAUGUACAGCCCAGAGCGAUGCCGCAAGCGAAUCGAUCACGACCUCAGAUGCCACCCGCGCUGGCUGGUUCGAGAAAUGGGCAAGGACCGAUCGGGGUUGCGAUAUCUCGUCCAACGCAGGUACCGCAAUGGCCACUUGCGGCGACAAUUGAAGGAACUCCAGAGCAACAAUACCAACCCCCUGCUGGUCGAGGUGCGGCGCCACAACGACCACCUCGUCCAAGUCAUGUCCCGUCAAUGCUGGAUGCUUCGCGAUUGCAGGACCACACUCCAACUUUUCAGUACAAAUCCCAUAACGCGCAGAGAGGAAAUUUACCAGAAGACGAGGUCACAUCUCCCGUAAUGUCUAUGUCGUCGAGACCUUCAACGAUCUCAUCCGUAGGAACAAUACCUGACUUUCCUGUACCGAUGCCACCGCCUGUAAUGCCCGGACCACCAGGGUCUGGACCACCUCGAAGGAGUGCUAACCUUGGUCCCCCGCCAACUUCAAGGAGAGGAAAUUCGUCCUAUUAUUCGCAAGCAUCGUAUGUUUCGCCAAUUCCGGAAGAGAGCCCACGAACACAACCAUCACACGAAUCAUAUGCAUCGAGUGCAGCAAUACCGACAAGUUGGGGAUCAGAUUCGCCCGGAUUUCGAUUUGAAGAUGACGACGAGUAUGAGGAUGAUUAUCGGGACUCGAGGGAUGCGAGGCAGUGGAGAAAUGAGCCUAUUGAAGAAGGUCGGGAGUCGAGAGAAUCGAAUAAUGAUGAUGAUGACAGAGGAUUGAUCCGAAGUGCAAGUCUUGGAAAACGCGCGAAGCCUUCUAUGAUUACAACAAAAAGUUCUGACUCUGCACGGCCAUCUCCAAUACCACAGCAGCCGUUAAAAUUAGAGAGGAUGGGUGUGUUGCCGCCAGUGAGUGGGGUACCAGCCUCGGGAGUGACAGCUUCGAGGACGAGAGAAGGACAGAGGGAGACGGUUUGGCCGAUGAUUGGGGAUCCGGACUCGCCGCUUGCCGGUGGCACGGGGUUGAUAGACAAAUCGUCUACAAAUUCGGAGGAAUCCAUACCCCAAGUAGCCAGAGCAAUUACAACGGAUGAACCUGCGCCGAAGAACACAACCACUUCUAACCCGAGUGCCGAUGCCAUGCUUGGAGUAUACAAUGCUGCAAGUGGGUUGGCGCCGUCAGUAACGCCAAGCAGAACCCCAAGUCCAGGUUUCAGUCGUUUAUCAGCUGUUCGACGGCCCCCACGGUUGGAUAUGGAUGCUGUGCGAGAUGCAGAGGCAAGAGGGAGCUUGACAAGUUUACCGGAUCUGAUUCGGAGAGCUACGAGAUUAGCAGCUAUGAUGGACAGAGGGAAGAGACCAGCAAGUCGACUUAAUGACCUGAACGAUUUUGGAGAUUUCCCAACGGAGAGCCAGCUGGAGAAAGAGAAAGAGCUGGAGGGAUCUCCCAAUGGGAAACGUCAAUCCGGUCUCUCUGGCAUGCUGUCCGCCUUCCCACCACCUGGCUUAGGAACUCCACGUGAUGGCACACCAAACCGUCCAAACUCGGCUUGGCCUUCCCCUUACGACGACGACACCCUCAAUCCGGGUUCCCCUCCCCGCCAACAACCACCCAAACGCCGUCGCUGCUGCGGUCUCCCUGUCUGGGCUUUCCUCCUUGUCCUCCUAAUUCUUCUAAUUAUUAUCGCCGCAGCAGUCGUCGUACCUCUCGAACUGCUGGUACUCCACAAACCCAAGACCUCGUCAACAACCGCAUCCGCCCUUUCAACCUGCUCUUCUACCACCGCCACCGCGUGCCAAAAUGGCGGAACUUCAAUAUUGGACAAUGGAUCAUGUUCUUGCAUUUGCAUCAAUGGCUUCACAGGCCCAACGUGCACAGUAGCAAACCUCACCGGCUGCACAACCACCACCUUCCCCUCAGGAACUUACUCAAACGUCACGCUCGGGAAGGCCAUAGUCCGUCUCAUCUCAGGCGCACAAGCGAAUUUCUCUAUCCCGCUCUUCGAAAGCGUGAUCCUUGCCCGCUUCAAUGCCGCAAACCUCACCUGCGCCAGCGAAAACGCACUUGUGACAUUUGACGGCAAUUCGCAACGAGUAGGAUCCGCUGCCGACACGGCCCUUGCCACCUCUGCCACAACAUCCACCUCAGGUGAGAAAGUCCGACGCAGCCCAUCCCAAUCAUCAUAUGCAUCAACCACCGCCUCCUCCACCUCAGCUUCACCUACAGCAAGCAUCAUACCCAAUGAAGACUUCACCGUCACCCAACAAGUGCUCGACUUCGCGCGCGUAGCCGUCCUGUUCGUGCUCCAGCAAGAAGACAUCGACAACGCGGUCACGGCGCAGAGCCAGCUACAGCAUGCUUUCUCGCUCAAUGAUCUGAGCAACAAGGUGGCGAGGAAUGUGUCCAUUGGGGCUGGCAAUACGGUGGAUCUGUUGACGUUCACGAUUAAUCUCGGGAAUGGGACGCAGUGGGGUUUGAAUGGGAGUGUGACGAGGAGGGCGAUCUUGGGUCGAAGUGCGAACCUGUGGAGCUUUUUAUGA